CCCAGCAAUGGUGACUUAUAGCAGCACUACCGACACUAUGCUCCAUUUAAAGUUUAUAAAGAGAGAAACUUCCCUUCUUUCCAUGUGAAGAAAGAGAGAGAGUCAUUUGUUUUGUAUAGAAUAAUAACUAUUAUAAAUAAAUAGAUUAGCAAUUAAAAAAAGAAAAGGAAAAAAGAAAAAAGAAAAAAAAGCAAGCUCUCUGCCUCUCCCUCUGUCUGGCUUAAAGUAAUGUAGAGAGGAAAAGAGACAUCGCCUGAGAGAGGAGAGAAAGAGAAUUUCGAGCCGUAUGAAAGAAUCAAAGAACUGUCUCUUUCUCUCUGUAUUCAGCGUAUCUUCUUCGUCUCUGAUGCUGUUUUAGCAACCAAGAACAAUAGUGAUAAACACAUAUCAAGAAUUAUGUGUUAAUUAAUGCAGUGUAGCUUAGAUAUGGGAACAUUGACACUUGAUACUGGGAAUGUAGACUCGGAUGUGUACCUAACUUUGGGGCUUAAGGAACUGCGGAAAGGAGUUUUGGGAACUCCCCGGGUUUUAACCCUUCUUUCUUCAUUUCUUGAGAGAUUGGUUCACAAAAAUGAGAUGCUAAUGGAGACAUCACAGAUCAAAGAUUCUAUUACAGUAUUUCAUGGCUUAAGAGCACCAGCUGUAAGUAUUCAGCAGUAUAUUGAUCGCAUCUUCAAGUACUCUGCCUGCAGCCCAUCGUGCUUCGUUGUGGCACACAUUUAUGUGGAUAGAUUUAUACAAAGUACACAUGUUCAUGUAACUUCCCUUAAUGUCCACCGGCUCCUAAUGACAAGUUUAAUGAUCGCUGCAAAGUUCAUUGAUGAUGCAUUCUUCAACAAUGCAUACUAUGCCAAAGUGGGAGGAGUAAGCACAGCGGAGUUGAAUCGGUUGGAGAUGAAGUUCUUAUUUAGUAUAGAUUUUAGACUUCAUGUAAAUCUCAACACAUUUGGGAGAUACUGUUGUCAGUUGGAAAAAGAAGCUGCUGAAGGGCUGCAGAUUGAACGGCCAAUCCAAGCAUGCAGAAUUAAAGAAAGUUGGUCAAACAAAGAUGAUUCAACCACUUGUGCUCCCACAAUUGCGAGAUGAAGACCCCAAAUCAGGUCACUGUAUCAUUUGUAAUCCUGCGUCCCUUCGCAUGUUGUAGAGUUAGAAAUUCUGGGUAUUGGAAUUAUAUUCCAUUCACGUUAGUUUGAAUAUUGGACACAAGGCAAACUUACUUGUUUGCACUGCGAUUGUCAUUCAUUGGUAAAUGUUGUCCCAUUUUUUCAAUAUUUAGCUUUAAAAUUUUCUUUUAGGUCCUUUUCUCUUACAGCUUUGCCCCUCAGAGGUUUGUUUUUCCUUCACGAUUCAUGAAAACAUUCGUAUAUGUAUAGUAAAAAGCAUUAUGACUAUAUGAUUGAUUGCUUUAGUUCCUGUAUUUCAGUUAAA